UUAUAUUGUUAAUAUUGUAACGUAACCAUAAAGACUUUUAUUUUGUAAACACGAGCAAAACGGUCCCACGUCAAAUCCGGACUAAGAUGGCAGCGACCUUGUGUGGCAGGCUUUUCCAGAAAUCGGGAUGGCUGCCACUAAGCCAGAGCGUUCGCCACGGCUCCAAAGCUGUUACUCGUCACAGAAAGCCAAUGCACUUUCUCAAGCAGAAGCUGAUGGCUGUCACAGAGUACAUACCAUCCACACCUGCAGCACCUCCUAGUGCUUUGGCUCCACGAGUCAGAAAGACUGAGGAGGAAGGUCCUCUGGCAGCUUUGUUUAGGAAAGACCUGGAAAAUUUGUUUAAGGAAUGUAAGAUGAUUGCUGUUGUCCAAAACAAUUCCAUUAUCGCAGAGGACCUUAUGGUGCUGAAACACAAACUGAAGAAACACAAUAUCAGUGUCAGGUUUUUCCCAAACCAGGUGACGAAGUCCUUCAUCAGCAACAGCAUUUACAGUAACAUGUUGCCUCUGUUUGCUGGCCAGACUGUGAUAUUUGUUAGUAAAGAGCCAAAAGUAAAAGAGAUGCUCCAAGCAUUGAAAAACAGUCCUCAGAUGGUGCUGUUAGGCGCUUGUAUAGAGAACACAUUGCUUUCGUAUAAAGGCAUUAUCAGUUACUCCAAACUCCCGUCUAUGACCACUAUCCAGGGGGAGAUUGUUGGUGGUCUGACAGUGAUGACUUCACGGACUGUCUCAAUGCUGCGUCACCAUCCAGCGCACCUUUGUGCCCUUCUUCAGCAGUAUGUCAAACAGCAAGGCUCCGUGGACGCCGCAGAUGCUGUUUCAGAUAAAGAUACUUCUACAAUACAGCAAGCAGCAGCUUGAACUUUUAAAAAUGUACAUGAAUAAACAACUGUGUAUGGCUGACAAAGUGCAUGUAAUAAAAUUGAGUUAUUUAAAGUUA